AGAAUUUUAAUAUGAAGAACCAAUCAUAAAUGUCUAAAUGCAAAACCUCAUUAGUUCGAAUCUUAUGGACUUUGUAUCAGUACAAAAAUGCAACAACAGAACAAUCAAAACGGCAUUAAAGCAAAAAAAGAAGAAAAGAGAAACGUCAGCCGCCUAAUCAUGUGUAGCCAAAUCAAAGAACAACAGAGAAAGAAAAGGGAAAGAAACAAAAGAGCUACUCGAACUCAAAGCCUCUAAGGAAAAACAUAAGCUAUUAUCAAUCAGCUAAGACCAUUUCACAAAUACCCCUCAAUUCCAUUAGACGAUAUAACGCUAAAUUCCAAACAAUCAACCUCAGUUCCGUUCGUAUUUGUUUAUCUAAAUAGUCAUAUUUGGUUAUAUUUUUAAUUCAUUUGAAAGCCAUAUGAAAGUGAUUAAUUUAAAAUCACUUUCGGAAUUUAAAAUAAUAUGAUAUUGAAAAUUCAGGGUUAAGGAAAAGUGUUUAAGAGAAAUAAACAAAAAGAAUCUUCACUUAACCAAUGAAGUAAUCCAAGUAACCGCCAUGGCCAAAGAAGCACAAAGAAAGCUUCAACCGAAGGAAUUACUAAUCCCAAAGAAAUUCCUAUUUGGCGAUCGCAACUUCAGAAAGCGGCGAUUUGAAGUCAAGAUUUCGAAUCAAUAUCCAAACACACCAAAAUCCCUUUUGGAAAAUAUAUAAAUAUCUUACGAAGAAAAUGCCUGCAACAGAACACAUCCGAACAAAGCUUGAAUUACAAUUACCUGAGAAGAAAGUCGAAGCGCAACGGCCAUGGAUCCUUCUUCUUCUGCUAAAAAAUUCGAGGAAUUCGAGCCGCGAUUUGAUUGGGUUGAUCAUCCUGAUUCUCGUGUUCUCGUCGUUCACCUCUCAGGUUUCAGAAGCAACCAACUGAAAGUUCAGGUAACGUCCACCGGAAAGCUGAGAGUCUCCGGCGAACGGAAGCUCAGCAGCGGCAAGUGGCUUCGAUUCCAAAAGGAAAUCGAUAUCCCCGCCGACGCAGACACCGACAAUAUCUCUGCCAAAUUGGAGCAAGGCGUUCUCUACGUGAAACAGCCCAAGAAACCCUCCGCCACCUCUUCCAACAUCCCACCGGUUCAGCAACCCAAGCCCAAGGCUCAAUCCCAACCGCCGCCCUCCGCCACAAAACCCACUGCCGACCCACCAACUGUUCGACCAAAUACUCCAAAGAGCCAAAACGAGAGACCCGAGCCUCCAAAGCCCGCUGCUACAGAAACCACUGUCGCCCCACCAACUGUUGGACCAAAUGCCCCAGAGAGCCAAAACGAAAGAGCCCAAAUUCCAUACAUAAAAACCAAUGUCAAAAACUACGCACCAAGCCAAAACGACAGGCCUCAAUCACAAGCAAGUGGGAAACAAAUCCCCACACCUCCAAAGCCAGAGAAGGCAACCGGAGCACCCGCGAGGAUCCCAAAACCCGAGAAGACAUCUUCCAUGGGCAGUGGACAGCCAGUUGAAGAUUUAGGUAAGAAGGAAAAAACAGAGGAGAAGGGAAAAGCACAUACAAAACUACGGGAUGCUUUGGAGAAGACAAGAGAAGAAGGUAAAGAAGAAGAAGGUGAGUCAAAAAUGGAGGAGAAGGAUGAGAAGGGGAAAGAAGAAGUUGGAGAAGAGAAGAGGAGGAGGAGGAGGAAGAGAAGGAGUGAGGAAAUGGGAGAAGAGAGUGGAAGAUUGAGAAGAAGAGAAGGAUACAAACAGGUUAUUGAUGUUGUGGUGAAGGAAUUAAGAACAAAUAUGGUGACUUUGGCUUUGGGGAUUGCUGCUUUUGUGGUUCUGUAUCUGAAUCUUUCAAAGAACGGUCACAUGGAGGAAGAGUUGUGAAGAAGGUAUGAAUGAAUGAAAUUCUAAUUUAUGAGUUAACAAUCAAAUAUGUGAAAGAGAUUACUCAAAGAGACAUGAAAUAAAAUUGUUAUAUUUGCAACAAUC